CUCCUCCUCCUCCUCCUCUCUCCUCCUCCUCCUCCGCCGCCGCCUCCGCCCCCUCCCCAGCGCGGCCCGAUGGUGGCGGCGGUGGCGAGCCGCGAUGAGCCGCCCGUCCUCCGCCGGCCCCGGCCCUAGCAAGCCUUGCGGAAAGCAGCAGCAGCACGCCCCGUCCCCCGCCGCCGUCCUGCCGGGGACCGGCGGGGCUUCUCCGCCGCCUCCCCCUCCUCCUCCUCUUCCUCCCCCCCAGCAGCAGCAGCAGCAGCAGCAGCAGGAGCUGACCUCGCUCUUCGAGUGCCCCAUCUGCUUCGACUAUGUCCUGCCGCCCAUCCUGCAGUGCCAGGCCGGGCACCUGGUGUGCAAGCAAUGCCGGCAGCAGCUGAGCCUCUGUCCCACCUGCCGGGGCUCCCUCACCCCCAACAUCAGGAACCUGGCCAUGGAGAAGGUGGCCUCGGCUGUCCUCUUCCCGUGCAAGUAUGCCACAGCAGGCUGCUCCCUGACCCUCCACCACACAGAAAAGCCAAAACACGAAGCCAUCUGUGAGUACCGUCCCUACUCCUGCCCGUGCCCCGGCACCUCCUGCGACUGGGAGGGAUCCUUGGAAGCCGUGAUGUCCCACCUCAUGCAUGCCCACAAAAGCAUUACCACCCUUCAGGGAGAAGACAUCAUCUUCCUUGCCACAGACAUUAACCUGCCAGGGGCAGUGGACUGGGUGAUGAUGCAGUCGUGCUUUGGUCACCACUUCAUGCUGGUGCUGAAGAAACAGGAGAAGUGCGAAGGUCACCAGCAGUUUUUUGCCACCGUGCUGCUCAUUGGCACCCGUAAGCAGGCAGAGAACUUUCAGUACAGACUGGAGCUGCACGGCAGCUGCCACCGGCUGACCUGGGAGGCGUCUCCCUGCUCCAUCCACGACGGCGUGCACGUGGCCAUCCGCAACAGCAACUGCCUCGUUUUUGACACAGCCACUGCGCACCUUUUUGCUGACAACGGAAACCUCGGCAUCAACGUGACAAUUUCCAUGUGCUGCCCGUGAUGCAUCGCUGGGAGGCUCGAGCUGUCUGGAUGGAGUGCUUCACUGGGGUUUGGUUUUGGUUCCUGUUUUUUACGCUGUUCAACUACGUCAUCUUGUGUGCUAAGGUUUCUGACUAGCCAACGGCUAACUUUGGGCGGAAGAGGAACAAGAGUGUGCUGUAAGUAAUGUGAGCAGGACAAGGUCUUUUAAAAUUCUUGGGUGCCUUAGGAAGAUUACACACACGCAGUUACCUUUUAUAAUUUAAUUAUAUUUUAUGUAAAGUGUGCUUCCAUUGGAUAUAUGGCUUAAGAGGCUCCUGUUUGGAGCACACCUAUAAGCCCUUUCAUCAGCAGUACAGACUCCCUCUGGUGCUGGUGUGCUUUAAUAAAAGGCUUUAGUAUCACAAGAGGGUUUGGUUUGGAAGAGACUAUCAUCUGUUCCAAUCCUCCUGCCAUGGCAGGGAUGCCUCCCACUGUCCCAGGGUGCUCCCAGCCCUGUCCAGCCUGGCCUUGGGUACUGCCAGGGAUCC